AUGAGCGAGGUCUUCGUGGCGACCGCUACAAAACUCAACGAUUUGUUCGAAUCGCAGAUCCAUGAGAAUCGCCAUCUUCAAAUUUUCGUCGACCACGUGAUGCAACGUCUUAUUGUCAAGGGCAGCGACGAUCGUCAGCUAAAAUCGAUUUCGAUUGAAAGGGAACAUUGCCGGGUGAUAAAGAAGGACUUGCAAUUGGUUUUCCAAAAGGAGGGCCUUUUUCGGUUUCGGCUCACGAUGCGCGAUGCUGCAAACAUGGCCAAGUUGUAUAACGCGGUGAAGAGGCACAUUGCUAUCGAGGAUUGGAGCAAGCCUUCGUUCGAAUCGGUGAAGAGCUGC